UCGACCGAUCUUACCACAGCUAGCCAGGGUCGCGUUUCACUUGACGCUUCCGCACCCCAGGAGUACACCCUCCCACAGAAUCAGGUCAGCGACGGCUAUUACCAGAAUCAGGCCUCGAUCAGCAGCAUGAACCAGACCCAAUCGUACAUGGACGUCCACACCUCGCAUUUGUCGUCUGGACAGCCCUACACCUCGCAUGCUGCCACCGCCGGGGGAAUUGCGCAUUACCCGCAAUAUCACCAACAACCACCGGUCCUGCAGCCCGCAUCCACGACGUAUGGGCCAGCCAGCUCGUAUCCUCAGUAUGCCUAUCCAGGCGGUGUAACGUCAUCCCAGCCAGGUCCUCAGGCCCCAUCGACGUCUUUGAGUGGUCAGGUGCCGGCUCAGUUGUUACCCCUGCCCGGUAAGUCGUUUUGGCUGACACCCUUCACACUUCCUGCAAAGGGUAUAGCUGACCCCGGUGAACCAGCAGUAACGAGUCACGCUGUCGCGACACCGAGCUAUGGCAAUUCUAGCGGAGCACCCAUGCAAGGCUUCGUAUACGAUCCUACCGGCCAGCUUGCUCCACCGGGUUCGAAGCCACGGGUCACCGCUACUCUAUGGGAGGACGAGGGUAGUCUCUGCUAUCAGGUGGAAGCCAAAGGAGUCUGUGUUGCCCGUCGUGAAGACAACGCCAUGAUCAAUGGUACAAAACUCCUAAAUGUAGCGGGAAUGACCAGAGGUCGUCGGGAUGGUAUCCUGAAGAGCGAAAAGAUGCGUCAUGUGGUCAAGAUCGGUCCGAUGCACCUCAAGGGCGUAUGGAUUCCCUUUGAUCGGGCCCUCGAGUUUGCCAAUAAGGAGAAAAUCACGGACUUGCUGUACCCGUUGUUCGUUCACAACAUUGGGGGAUUGCUAUACCACCCCGCCAACCAGAACAGAACUAAUCUGGUGGUGCAAGAAUCUCAGCAGCGGCGAAUGGAGGGUUCCCAAGCGGCGGCACGAACCUCUCAGGGCCCUCAGCCACCUGCUCUCCAUCAUCAUCACUCUCUGCAGACCGGAGUGCCGUCUCACAUGCCUCAACCACCCACUGUGGCCUCGCAACAAGGGGGUCGACCGGGUCUUGAUCGGGCUCAUACCUUUCCCACUCCACCCGCCAGUGCUUCAGGUCUAAUGGGCAUUACCAACUCAAGCAAUUCCUACGACUGGAACAACCAAGGGAUUCCGUCCGGUGUGCCCAAUUCUCAGCCACUUUCUAUCGAUACGGCUCUGAGCAAUGCCCGCUCGAUGCCUACCACACCGGCCACCACUCCGCCAGGAAACAGCUUGCAAGGAAUGCAGUCUUUCCAAGGCCAGUCAGGCUAUGACUCUAAGCCGUACUACUCUGCGGCGCCGCCGGCCCACCCUCACUAUGCGGCCCAAUCGGGCGGAAUGGCCCCUUACGGGCAGACGAUGUCCUCCACGCCAUAUCUGAAGAGUGAACCUUACUUGAAGAGUGAACCCUACCUGAAAAGCGAGUCGUAUCUGAAGAGUGAAAUGGGGCCCCCUUCGAACCGUACCCCUGGCGCACAGACAGAGGGCGAGUCGGCCGAUGUGAAGUCUGAACGCUAUGCCCAGAGCAAUGGACACGUGGGCAGUUCUGGAAACGAUUCAGUUGCAGAACAUGAAUCCGAAUAUGUGCAGCAUGACAAUUCUGGCUACAAUACCGGCCGCGGCUCAUACACGUAUACCACUAAUCCGUCCGUGGGCAGUCUGACGGGAGACCACUCUCAGCUUACGCCUGAAAUUACAGGCUCUCCCACCCAGCAAAAUGGGUCUGGUCGUAUGACCCCACGCACCAGUGGCGGUCCCCCGCCAUGGGGCUCGGGCUACAGUACACCUCCGCGCCCUGCUGCUGCUAGUAGUCUCUACAAUAUCGUCAGUGAUACUCGUGGUACGUCUAACAACGGCACUACCUCGGACAAUUAUUCAGUAAGCUCCAACUCGGCAUCGGGCUACGCGACCGGACUGAAUGGAUCGCUUGGCUCGAAUAAGCGGAUGAGGGAAGACGAUGAGGUGGAUCGAAUUGCCCGCCCGGACAGUCGUGGCCCCGACUUCGAGAAUAAGCGUCGUAAGACGCUUAGUGAAGCCUCGGUUGGGGGACCUGUCGGUGGCGUCUCGCUGGGAUUGCAGCCCAUGAAGGCAGGAGGUUCGAUGUCCCGUCGUCGUUAGCCGGCACUGGCCCUGGGAAAAGAGAAACAGAACCCACGACUGAGAUGAAAAAAAAAAGAGAGAAAAUCUAACAAUAUCGAAAAGCACAAUCUUUUUCGUCAGAGGAAAAGAUAAAACUGUCCCUGUGUAGGGUCUCUCAUUGUUGGCGUGCAUUGUGGGGUGUCCAU